AUGAUUGAGGUUUUCAAAUUGAGUAAUCAAACAGCUAAGUCGAUACCGUUGCCCAAGAAACAUGGCCUUGAUUUCCCACAGGGCCUCGAUGCUCGUCCAGCUAACCAAUCGCUGUAUCGCAGCAUUCUUGGCAAGCUACAGUUUGCUGCACAGACGGCCCGUCCGGACAUUGCCUACGCUACAGGCAAGCUUGCUCAGUAUGCGAGUGACCCUAGAGCUAUUCAUAUGGAUAGAGCAUAUCAUGUUCUGAGCUACCUCAAAGGCACCAAGGACCUGGCAAUUGUCUAUCACAAAAAUGUACCAGGGGCCUCUCCGCGGCUUCUGAGAGGCUGGUCAGAUGCCGAUUGGGCAAACGAUCCCGACAGGAAGUCUAUCUCAGGCUUUGCAUUCUCUCAUGGUCCCUCAACCUUCUCUUGGAAGUCGGCCAAACAGAAGUUGACAGCAACUUCCACAACCGAGGCUGAGCUGAUUGCCGCUUUCUCUGCCACGUGUGAGGCAGUUUACUUCCGAGAUCUUUUGGAAGAACUUGGUGAAUCUCAACCAACGACUGUCAUCAUGGAGGACAACAAAGGUGUCCUGGAUCUCAUGAAGGACAGCAAACAUCACGAGCGGACUAAACAUAUUGAUACCAAGUACAUGCGCACCAGAGACCAUGUCAAAGCCGGCGAUACCCGUCUUGAAGCUGUUACUUCAGCAGAUAAUGUGGCAGACAUUUUUACCAAAGCUCUGGCUAAGCCGCAGUUUUUAUAUUUGAGGAAUCUUCUGGUCUUCUCCGCUAUGUCUAAUCACGGAAACACUACAGGAGUCAAUGAAGGACCCUCAUCCUUCGAGUCAGCCAGCACUGGAAGUUCUGUUGCCCACUCAACAUCUGAGACCCAUUCAAAGAACAACGCCAGCUCUUAUGAGACAUUCGCCGAUCUCCCUGUUCAUCGUCAAAUUGAUCUCGCUGACCGUUCUGGAUUUACCGUUAGACAAUUAACCAUUGCCAACAUACCAGUUUUCCUCCCCCAUCCCAAAAGGUUUUAUUAUCUUGACCAAGUAGAAUUUGCUUACAAUUCCGCACCACAGUCUACUAUUAAGACAUCUCCAUUUGUCGCUGAUCUUGGCUUUCUACCUCGCCAACCUGCAAUGAUCCGUCCACCAUCGGAUGCUCGUACACCCUCAAAUGUGGAAAGUCUACAAGUCAAACUGAAAGCUAUUCUGUUACGUACUCAAGAGUACAUGAGUUUCUCACAGUUGAGUCAACAACGACAAGCUGACAAGCAUCGUCGUCCUGUGGAAAUUAAAGUUGGUGAUUCUGUUCUUAUCCACCACACUAGUUUUCAGAGCCCUAGCAAUAGGAUGCUGCCACUUUUCGUCGGUCCAUACACCGCCGUUAAAGCAAUUGGGGGAGGAAAUGCGUUUGAAUUGGAUUUACCCACUACUGUUAAGAACAACCGUGUUUUUAAUGUUUCGAAAUUACGCAAAUAUGUCAAAUCUGAUGAAUACCCUGCUGAGAUUAGACCUACUGAGGAUUAUGUUAAGAAGAACUUGAACCGCAUUGCUAGCGUAGCCGCUAUGCAAAAUGGUCUUGUCUAUCUACAGUUCACAGAUAGCCUACCUGGACAUUGCGUCGCCAUUUCAACAAGUUUUUGGAAUACUAUGCCUGCCGAAAAAAGGAUACCAUUAUUCAAAGCUUACAUGGUUAGAAUCAAAGCUCGGGACGAGCCUUUAUGA